GUUUUAUAGUUGAUAGCUUGGCUUUUUAAUAAAUGACUUUCUCCCCUGCCAACCAUCCCUCAUCUUCUUCAAAAACACAGUCAAGCUCGCAGGUGUCAGCAAGAGAGAAACCGGAAGUGAGCUGUUUUGCCUUUGUGUUGAGCCUCAGAGCGGCUCUCCAUGAUGAGCAUCACUUGGCUGGAGACCUGAGCAGUGUUCGGGUCUGGAGAGAAGAAGAUGCCUCAUGGAUCGCUCCAUCACCGCCGCCAGUGCGCAAAGUCAGGGCAUCCCAGCCUCAGAAUAACGCAGAAAUGCCGAGGUUUAGCGCCAGAUGGGUGGUGUUGCUGGUGCUGAUUCUCCUGGUCGGUGCUUUCUUCUACUGCGAGUAUCUCAUCUACUUCCCCACCAUCCUCAAGUGUGCCUGGCCGAAGAUUAGCCAUGCUCGAGGCGGUGGAGAGGGCAUCGACGGCCGGCCACUGGACUCCACAUCUGUCCGCGCCAUGGUGCUGUCUGACACCCACCUCCUGGGAGCCGUGGGGGGACACUGGUUUGACAAGCUGAGGAGGGAAUGGCAGAUGGAGAGGGCUUUCCAGACCGCUUUGUGGCUGCUCAAGCCCGAAAUAGUUAUUCUCGGGGAUAUUUUCGACGAAGGCAAGUGGAGCUCGCAGAAGCACUGGGAGGACGACGUGCGGCGCUUCCACAGGAUGUUCAGACACUCGGCUGAAACAGAACUGGUUGUGCUGGUUGGAAAUCACGACAUCGGCUUCCAUUAUGAGAUGGACUGGUUCAAACUGCAGCGCUUCGAGAAGGUCUUCAACGCCUCCUCCACCAGGAUCGUCACCAAAAAGGGAGUCAACUUCCUGCUGGUGAACAGCGUAGCGCUGCAUGGCGACGGGUGUCCCAUCUGCCAGUCUGUGGAGAAUGAGCUGAUCAAACUCUCCAGAGACCUCAACUGUUCUCUUCAGAACUCGGGCAGCUGUGAGGGAUCGCAGACGUACCCGCCCACCCCCCCCAUCAUGUUGCAG